AUGGCCCGUUCAGUCAAGUCCUCAAGGCUAUCUCUGGUCCAAUAUACCGCACCAAAACGAGGUGCUUCAUCCGCAGCAACGUCAUCUAAAGCCAAGUCAAUAGCAGCUUCUACCAAGGGUUACCAACCCGUACGCAACAAGUCUCGAGUCUAUGAUCAACCUAGUAGUUUUGAAGAAUCGCUUUCAGAGAAAUCAGAGGAAGAAGAAGAUAGUGAUGAUGAAGACAUUGAUGAUGAAGAGUACGAAGAGGAGACUCCAAAAAAAAAAAAUAAUACAACAAAACGGAAACGUGUAACUAUCAAUGAGAACCUUCCCAGGAGAUAUGCACCAGAUAAAGAGAACAAUGAUAUGGGAAAUGAAAAAGCACAGAAAGAAGGUUCAGUAAUCAAAAAACGCGUCAAACAGCACCAAACAAGGGCUGUCAAAAAACAACAAACACCCAUCGUGAAGAGCAAGUUCAGUUCUGUUGGCCGCGAGUCACAUAGCAGCGAUAAAGAAUCAAACGAAGAAGAUUCAGAUCCGCAGUCUGCCAAUAAAGGAAAUGAUGAUACUGAUGAUAACAGUCAGGAAUUUGAAGAUUUCGACGCAGAUGAUCUGUGGCAGGACCCUCAAAACACAGAUUCAGCGGCAGCUGCCAUACUUGCAGCACUCGCCGAAGAUUUCGCAUCUCCAGAGUCCGUGUACAGGCUCGCCACCAGAAUCUGUGCAGGAAUCGGGUACGCACCAAGCAGCGUGGCAGCCAAGGAUCUGAGGGUAGCGUGUGGCGCAAUUCAUGAUUUAGGUGCGCAACAUGUUGAUGCUACAUGUGAAAGUUUUGCAGAACAACCGGCAGCUGUUUCAGACGCUGUGUCUCUGCUGGUGCCUGUAGACUACUCUACAGUGGUAUCCAAGCACGAAUUAGAACUGCAGCAACAGGAACAGCAGCAACAGCAUCACGCGCCAGAAACUCUUGGGAUCAUGGCGCUUCGCAAAACGUGCUCAGAGCUCGCAAAACGACUUACAGGGCAUACGCAAGUACUACGGGAAGCUUUGGAGACGCGCAAACUCGCGGCGGACACGGCACGGGAGACUACGGAGACGCGCAAAACACAAAUGCUUGGGCAGAUGCUUGGGUACCUACGGCAGCUGGCAGCACGGCACGCUGUACACAUGCGGGCACUGCGGGUGCUGCAUGAGCGGGUUGGGGAUGCGGCCGGGCUUGUUGGAGGUCCAGAGGCUCGGUGGGAUGAGGCAAGUAUGUUAGAGGAUGCUGGGGUGCGUAAGGAGAUUACAGCAGCAGAAAUUGCGUUGAUGGAAGAGCUUGGAGUUGGAGAGGAUUAUGGAAUGAUUGUGAUUGAUGAGGAAAAAACAGAUGUGGAGGAAUGA